AUGCUCACACUUAUCUACGCGGCAGACCGCCGGCUGGUCACUCUCCUGCAACCACAGAGGUCUGCUAAUGAACCCCUCAGCCGGCAGGCGGCAACUCGGUCGCCGCAGAAGCUACCCAAGGGCAUACGCUUUGCGCAUGGGAUUCCCGUCCGCGACCCGAACCCCGCGCCCUCGCUCCCGCGGCGCGGCGGCCCGCCGCAGCGCGCGCGCAUCCGCGGCGUGAAGCAGAUCGUCGUCGUCGCCUCCGGCAAAGGCGGGGUGGGGAAGAGCACGGUGGCGGCCAACCUCGCGCUGGCGCUCGCGCACACGUCGCCGCUGGGCCGUGCGCCCCGCGUCGGACUGCUCGACCUCGACAUCUUCGGGCCGAGCGUGCCCAAGCUCAUGGGGCUCGAAGGCGCGGGCGAGCCCGCGCUAUCCGAUCGCAACAAGCUGCUCCCGAUGCAGAACCACGGCGUCGCGACCAUGAGUAUUGGAUACCUCCUUCCGGCGGGGGACACGCCCGUGGCCUGGCGCGGGCUUAUGGUCCAAAAGGCUGUGCAGCAGCUUCUGUUCGACGUCGAGUGGGCUGAGGGCGGGGACGAGCUCGACGUCCUCGUCAUAGACAUGCCGCCGGGCACGGGAGACGUGCAGCUCUCCCUCGGCCAACUCGUCGUUGUGGACGGCGCCGUCAUCGUCUCCACGCCGCAGGACGUCGCGCUCAUCGACGCACGCAAAGGUGUCGUCAUGUUCAACAAGGUCAACGUGCCGAUCAUCGGCUUGCUGCUCAACAUGAGCCACUUUAUCUGCGGGAGCUGUGAUGCGCCGCACGAGUUGUUUGGCAGCGCGGACAAGUUUGUGCGCGCCGCGCACGAGCUCGGCCUCGAUGUGUUGGGCAAGGUGCCGCUCGUUACGAGCGUGUCGGAUGGCGGCGACGCGGGAAGGCCCGUCAUGGUCCAGAGCGAGGCGACGGGCGAACCUGUGCGCGAGGUUAUGCGCGGCGUCGGCGAAAAGGUGUGGAAGUGGCUCUUGGCCCGGCCACACGAAAACCACGGUGUGCGGGGAUGAGGCGAGGAUGUAGCGGUCGCAGAUUGUAGCAGCAUGGCAUCUUGCACAACUCCGGCGGCUGCUAGUCCAUGCAGUGCAGCCAUCCCUUGAGAUCC